CUAUGAUGCUCCUCUGAAUCCUCACUCAUGUGUCUCUUCUCAGUUCUGUUUUAACUGCAGGAAGCCUGGUCACGGGUUGGCAGACUGUCCAGAGGCUGACAGAGAUGAGGAGAUGGGCCGAGGCAUCUGCUUCCGCUGUGGCUCCACUGAACAUGAAAUCUACAAAUGCAAAGCUAAAGUGGACCCUGCUCUGGGUGAUUACCCAUAUGCAAAGUGCUUUAUCUGUGGUCAGACUGGACAUCUGUCACGAUCCUGCCCUGAUAAUCCCAAAGGACUUUACGCUCAAGGAGGUUGCUGUCAUAUUUGUGGCUCAGUGGAACAUUUUCAGAAGGACUGUCCAGAGCACCAGACUCCAAAUAAUCAUGUGACAGUGGGCUGGUUGUCCAACAACAUGAGUGCAGACCAUGAGGAAGUGCACAUUCCAGUAAAGAAAGCCAAACCCAAGCAGCCUAAAGUGGUGAAGUUCUAAUCACAGAACUGAGCAGUGCUAAUGUGUGUCCCUCGUUGUACUUCUCUGACCCACCUCAGCUUCUGGACUUCAUAAAUGGACAGGUUACCCACUAUCAGGGAAUGAAGUCUUGUAUACCACUGUAUAUGAAUGAGAUCUUUUUAAUAAAAAGUUUUCCACAGCUACUUUUGAUAUGCUAUAGUUAAGAAUUCUUGUUGCAGGAAGUAGUCAUGAGUGGACACAGACUAAGGCCCCUGCAAUUUCCCUCAGCAUAUGGAUUGCCUGCUCAAACAGUGGAUUGUAAAUGAAACAAUCAGGAUGUGAUUGAAGGGAAUUUUUAUUUCACCAAGAAUUUUACAGUCAUCCACUGGGUUGUCUUCAGUUGUCCAAUUACUUUUGAGCCUCUGAAAAUGACAGGGUGUAUAAAAAUGGCCUAAAUGGCUUGUGCAAUACCUUUGUUAUUAAAGCUGUCAUUAAAUAAAAAGUCUUUGUACAGCGGCUGUUACUUAAGGA